AAAAAAUUUUUUUUCCCUAUUUUUUGCCUUCUUUUUUCCAUUAUUUCUCCCUCUCUCUGUCCUUCAACCAGUUCUGUAAACAGAACGGUCAAGAAGCUCUUAUCAGCCUGCCAUGGAUUCCGACACUACAGAUCCUUCCUACUGGCUCAACUGGAGAUUCUUCUUCUGUGCGACGGGGAUUCUGUGUUGCAUUGCCCUAGCUUCCAUUUUGAUAUGGAAAUAUGAAGGUUCUGAGCAGGAUGGGGGAGAGCAAGAAGAAGCUCGAAAUGGAAAGAUGGGGGAUUUUCACAAGGAUGGGAUUUGGAUGCCUUGUCUCAGAACAAUUCAUCCUGCUUGGCUUCUGGUUUUCAGGGCUGUAACCUUUGUUCUAUGUGUGGUUCUGUUGGUUGUCGACAUUGUUGUGAAAGGAGCUUCGCAAUUGUACUAUUAUACACAGUGGACAUUUUUCCUGGUAACAGUAUAUUUUGGGCUUGGAUCGUUGUUGUCUACUUAUGGAUGCCUUCAAUAUGCAAAAAUGAAUGAUGAUAGGAUUGAUUAUUUACUCUUGGAUCCUGAGGGUGACAUAUCUGUUUCACCUACAAAUUCUGAAAUUGCAAAUGGCACUCUUACAGUGAAGAAUCGUGGACUGCAUGAGAACCUGAAUAUUCAGAAAAUUGUGAAUCUAGGUGGCUAUCUCUUCCAAAUUAUCUAUCAGACAAAUGCAGGUGCUGUCAUGCUCACGGAUUUCGUCUUUUGGCUUAUCAUAUUUCCGUUUCUAACCAUCAAAGAUUAUGAUCUCAGUUUUCUACAAAUAGGAAUGCACUCACUAAAUGCGGUCUUCCUCAUUGGUGACACAGCCUUGAAUAGUAUGCUAUUCCCUUGGUUCAGGAUUGCAUAUUUCAUGCUAUGGACAUCCAUUUAUGUGAUAUUUCAAUGGAUAAUUCAUGCUUGUAUCUCAAUCUGGUGGCCCUACCCAUUUCUUGACUUGUCAUCAGCUCAUUCCCCAAUCUGGUACUUGGCUGUUACAGCAUUGCAUGCUCCCUGUUAUGCUGUAUUCCCAUUGAUAAUAAAGCUGAAGCAUUAUUUGCUCAAAAAAUGGUUUCCUCACUCCUAUUAUUUAAUCAAUUAGCAAUUAGAUGAAACAAUUAAAGCAGCUUGUUUGGCUCUGCCAAUUUUCUCCGAUGAUUCUUAAGAUUCAAAAAGAAUUCUACUUUGAUUGCAAUAUAAAAGCUUGUAAUCUUCAUAUUACAAUUCCUUCUAAGCAUUGUAAAACUAAAUAUUUACAUGUAAUUGAUGAUUUUUCAAGUAUAUAUUUAUGAAAGUGUUCA